GCAUGUAUGUAUGCAUACAUGCGUGCAUAUACACGCACGCACAAAUCUACACACACAUGCAUACAUACAUACACUUUCUCCCUCCCUCCCUCCAUCACGUACACAUACAUACAUAUAGAAAGGUUGUUUGUGGAUUAACUGUAAUCCCUCGCCUUGUAUAUUACCGGUAUUAGUUUAUCAUUUUUAACCACUUCUCACAUACCAGCCUUCGAAGCUUUUUUUGGGGGAAGAGAAAAAACUUUUAAACAACAAAACAAACACGGCAAUCAAACUAUAAACACGCAUGCUAAGCUAAGAUUCGAUCUCACGACAUCGAAAGUGCUGAAACAGAUAUUGUAUACAAGGAAAGAGGGGGAAAAAUUCAUUAAAUAUUACACUCCAAUAAUCUUUGUGGUCUCUCCCACCACCCUAGCACAAAUAUUACUAAUAUUACGACGAUUCUUCACAUUACUUCAGGUUACACAUGCUUUAACAACAAAUAUAUAAUUUAUAACCCGAAUUUAACUUAUUCUUUGCUGCCUGUAUGUAUAUAAGAAAAGCAACAUGGAUUUUUUCUAUAAAUUUAUAUUUCUUACUGUUUCGUCUGGACUUAGCUGUUGGGGAUUUCAACAGUUGACGGAAGAGGAAAGUACUAAGUUGGAAAGGUUUGUAGCCUUAUCGGUCCAAUGUUCUGGUGCUCACGCUGCCAGUGUGUCGCUUAUACGUAACUCCACCGUACUUUACAGGAAUGGUUACGGUCAUGGAAGUCCGCCGAUCGAUAAGAACACGACUUUCUGUAUUGGAGGUUUGACCAAGCUGUUCACAGCCGUCUUACUAUCAAAACUUAUCGAUGCUCGCAACAGCAGCAUCAAUUUCGAUACACCGAUCCAACAGAUACUUGGGGACGACUUCUUGCUGUCAGACAAAUAUCGCAGCAAACAUGUGACUCUAAGAGACAUCCUCAACCAGAAGACAGGAAUAAGUAACAUGGAAGCCAUUUCCCAAAUGAAUUCCAUCAAAACAGAAGAUAUGAUGGGGCGCCUCAUGUAUGCACCAGAGACAUUCAAGUUCCGGGAGAAGAUCUACAAAAGCAACCCACUUUUCUUAAUUGUUCAAAAAAUUAUUGAAAUACUCGGAGGAAAAUCCUACGAAAAACUUCUCAAAGAGCAUAUCCUGGAACCGCUAGGUAUGACUGGUACUACUUUUCUGCACACACUCCAUUCAGGGCGACGAAAUUUGGCAAUGCCUACUAUGAAUAAGAAAGGAGAACGUUAUACGGUUCCGGUUGAAGCAAUGAGAGGUUUCAAACUUACGAAAGCUGCCAAUGGAAUUUGUUCCAAUGCACACGACAUGUCUACAUGGAUUAAUAUGCACCUGAUGAAAGGCGUCUCCCAUGAAACUACAAGGACAAACAUACGAUCAGAAAUUUUAAACGAGAUUAACCGAACAGGCAUCAAUCGAAUCAACGAUGCUUUCAACUUGGUUAAGAACACAUUUUUAAAUCCAGCAAUUUUGGUCAGUCUCGGUCGAUACGGCUACGGAACGAAAUGGGAAUCUGGACUUUAUAGAGGCCUUGAAAUGCGCACACACAGUGGUUCCAUCCCGGGUUACGAAUCGAUGAUGUCAAUUCUGCCUGAUCAGAAAGUGGGUGUUUUCCUCACCAUGACUGGUAUAGGAGGCAGCAAAGCUACUGUUAUCAAAUCACUCUUCAAUAUGUUUGUCCUUGAUCUCCUCCUGGGAAAGCCUGCACGGAUUGACUACACCAACGUCUGUCUUAUGCUCGAUGAUUUAGUGGCUCAUCUGGAGCGGCAAUCUUAUCAAAGCCGACCCAACUUUAAACCACGUAUCUGGAAAGGAGAAAAUGACCAGAAAGAUUUCAGAAAAGAUAUUUAUGCAUCCGUAUACAAAAACCGAAUGUUUGGUGACGUCACCGUCAGCUACAAUAGAACUACCGACAAAUUAUUCCUAACUUACGGCAAGACUGGUUUGUUCGAACUUAACCGAACCAGCACGAAAGACAUGUUUCUCCUACAAGCACUUAAAGGCCUGCCUUAUUACAUCAGCAAUGCAGACGGCUAUCAGGGUGUACUUUAUGGCUAUCUAUAUUUCAAUCGUACAUCCAGUAAUAAUAGCACCGCACAAGACAUUAUAAGUGUAACUAUACCAGACUUCGAUCCCCAAGUACACCCGACCUUCCGCAAGACUUUAAAACCUAUAAAUAUGUUGGAAAGAUAUGGACCAAAUUAUUUAAAUUCAUACAAGGCCAUGAAAGGUCAUUUUAUAUUGUUAUUAGUGUGUGUCCUAAUCAGCAUUGCUUUAAUUAAUCCAUCUUAAUUCAAUAGGGGUUUCAUGUUGUAUUAAAAAAAUAUAUGUGACA